GCCGCUCGCCCCGCCUUGGAGCCCGAGGAGCGGGGCGGGCGCCAUUGUGGCCGGGGCGGGACCAGCUGAGGGAGGCCGGAGACGACGACGGAGGCGGCGGCGACGCGGCGGCCUCGCCCGUUUCCCCGAGCAGGGCCGGUGGUGAGGUGAAGGAGCCGGGCCCGGCGGUCGGAGGGGAGUUCAGAGAUAGUCAUUGUAUUGUGGUUCCAUUAAUCUACACAGAUUUAAGAUAGCUGUGGAUGACAAAACAUUUGAGACAGUGGAAAGGAUGGAGUCUAAACCUUCAAGGAUUCCUCGAAGGAUAUCUGUUCAGCCCCCCGGCUCUGCUCUAAGUGCGAGAAUGUCUGGAAGCCGAGGAGGUGAUUUAAGUGAGGCGUAUAACCCAAGAGAAUCUUCAUUCAGAUUAGAUUCUGAGCAUCAGGAAUCCAAUUAUUUGCAAACAUCUGGUAGAGACUGGGGACUUGGUGAAAGAGAAGGCCGUGAAACCCCCUGGAAACUUAACAGUUCCUCUCCUACUCGUUAUUCAGGAACUUUUGAACCACCAUGGUCUGGAAGUUUUUUAGGAAACAGAAGCAGAUUGCCUUCAUCCUCCUCCUCAUCCUCAUCAACUACUCCAUUUCAAUCUACAUGGUAUAGUGAAUCUGAGAGAACUCAGGGGGCAUACCCAAGGCUGCAGAACCAACAAAGGAAUUACGACUCAAAGAGACCUAAGCUUUCCUACACCGGCUGUACGUCGACUUCCACUGUGAGAAGCAAUGGGAGUGGAGUUAAUGCAGUAGCAGAUUCUUCUUGGAGGCAUAGUCAAGUUCCCAGAUCUUCAUCAGUGAUACUUGGUUCGCUGGGAACUGAACUAGUAAGAGAGAGAAGAAAUCAGGAAAGACGAGCAGAUCUAGUGGAUUAUAGUCACCGGAAUGGUGAUUUCACAUCUUCAUCAUAUCUUCAAGAUAGAGUUACUUCUUCCUAUUCACAGGGAGCAAGACCUAAAGAGAGUUCUCUGAACACUCUGAGAUUGAACACGUCAUCUAUGAACCGCCAACUGCCUUCUGAACAUCAGUCCUCAGUUUACUUGAGAGACCCAAACAGAAGCUCUUCAAGGUCUAACUUUGCUCCCAGGGAAAUGGAAUCUCCCCAAAGGAGUGCACAACCAGGGUUUGCUCACAUAUCAAGCAGAAAUGAAACCCCUUCUUCCACAGGCAGUUCUGAAAGGGCUGGUUCAUCUCAAAGAUCACUUAGUGAACCAUCCACUGAUACCGAAGGAAGGCGGACCACCAGACAGCUAUUAUCUCGCCUAGCUUCUAGUAUGUCAUCGACGUUUUUCUCUCGAAGAUCUAGUCAGGACUCUUUUAAUUCCAGGUCAUUAGAAUCUGAAAGUUCAUUCGUUGCUCCGAGAGUUCAUACGUCUACACAAUCUAGCAGCAGUGCAGCCCCUCCUUCUGAAGUUCCAGACAGUAGAACAUCUGAGGCGUCUCAGGGAUUUAGGUUUCUUAGACGAAGAUGGGGUUUAACGUCCAUGGUACAAAAUCAUAGCUCUGAUGCAGAUUGCGAAAGCUUCAGGCACGAGCCCGAGAGUAGAAACGCAGGAUCUUGGUUAUCUUCUUCUAUUAGGAAUAGAUGUACACCUUUGUUCUCCAGGAGGAGAAGAGAAGGAAGAGAUGAAUCUUCACGAACAUCUACCUCUGACAUCCCAUCAAGAUCUCAGCACCUUUUUAGGCGAAGGGAGUCAAGUGAAGAAGUUUCUCUUGAAGCACAAAGUAGUUCUCCUGGGACUGCUACCAACAGACCACAGACACCUGCAGUGUCAAGCACUGCCGCCUCUGCUGUGUCUACACCAGAUUUAACUCACAGUGGAAGAAAUACUGGAAUACCUGGAAUUCUUCCUGGCUCCCUGUUCCGAUUUGCAGUCCCCCCUGCCCUGGGAAGCAAUCUCUCUGACAAUGUCAUGAUUACUGUAGAUAUCAUUCCCUCGGGUUGGAAUCCAUCCGACGGACAGAGUGACAAGUCUAAACCUGCCCCUUCACGAGACCCUGAAAGGCUGCAGAAAAUAAAGGAGAGCCUUCUCUUAGAAGAUUCUGAGGACGAAGAAGGUGAUUUAUGUAGAAUUUGCCAGAUGGCAGCUGCCUCUUCUUCUAACCUUCUUAUAGAGCCUUGCAAAUGUACUGGGAGUUUGCAGUAUGUUCACCAGGAGUGUAUGAAAAAAUGGCUACAGGCCAAGAUUAACUCUGGUUCGUCUUUGGAAGCAGUAACCACCUGUGAGCUCUGUAAAGAGAAGCUGCAACUUAACCUGGAAGAUUUUGAUAUUCAUGAACUCUAUAGGGCACAUGCAAAUGAACAAGCAGAGUAUGAAUUUAUCAGUUCUGGUCUGUACCUAGUUGUGUUAUUGCACUUAUGUGAACAACGUUUUUCGGACAUGUUGGGAACCGCAAGUGAAGCUAACACACAUGUCCGGUUUAUUAACCUUGCAAGAACGCUUCAGGCACAUAUGGAAGAUCUCGAAACUUCAGAGGAUGAUUCCGAAGAAGAUGGAGACCACAACAGAACUUUCGACAUUGCCUAAUGCAUGAAAAAUGGAAGAACUGCAAAAAAAAAAAUUGAUUCAAAUUGGUGAUAAAUCAUCCUAGGUUAAUUUGGGGAGGUGCUUAUUAAAAAUACAGUGGAUGUCACUAUAUUUUUUUUUUCACGUAUUGUGGAAUUAAAUUCUACUGCUGCCCUCUGGAA